AUGCGCCUCCCCUCUCCUUCCACUGGCCCAUCACGGUCAUGGCUGCUCAAUUUCUCUUAUGGUGCCACGCUUGCUCUCGGCCUGGGCAUCGUCUAUGUCUACUUCACAGACACGAGGGCUAGCGCUCAUCGCUAUAUUGUCGUCCCUGCCCUCCGGAUGAUCUACCGGGAUCCAGAAGAAGCCCACCAUGCCGGAAAUCAAGCAUUGAAGACGCUUUGGGAUCUGGGUCUCUACCCCCGAGAGCGGGCGGACCUCGACCAGAAAGGUGAUCUGGAAGUCGAGGUCUUUGGCCACAUCCUCAGGAACCCAGUUGCCACGUCGGCGGGGAUUGACAAGCAUGCCGAGAUCCCCGAUGCCCUCUUUGCCAUCGGCCCGGCCAUUGUCGAGAUUGGGGGCACGACACCCUUGCCGCAAGACGGUAAUCCCAAACCCCGAGUCUUCCGGCUACCUUCUCAAGAAGCCAUGAUCAAUAGGUACGGCUUGAACUCUCAAGGCGCUGAUCACGUGGCAUCGAGACUACGGGACCGAGUCAGAAGGUUCGCUCAUUCCCUCGGCCUAGGGAAUGACGAAGCUGCAGAAAAAGCCGUUCUGGAUGGCAUCGCUGGCGUACCUCCUGGAAGCUUGAUCCCUGGCAAACUUCUUGCGGUCAACAUUGCCAAGAACAAGAUCACUCCGGAGGAUGAUGUCGAAGCUGUGACCAAUGACUACGUGUAUUGCGUGGAACAACUGGGCCCCUAUGCUGACAUCCUGGUUGUCAAUGUCUCCAGUCCCAACACUCCUGGACUUCGGUCGUUGCAGCAGGCCGACAAGCUCCAAACCAUCUUGAGCGGCGUUGUCAAGGCCGCCCAUGCUGUCGAACGACGAACAAGACCUGCCGUCAUGGUCAAGGUGAGCCCGGACGAAGAUUCAGACGUCCAGGUUGCCGGCAUUUGUGAUGCCGUUUGGGCUGCUGGAGUCGAUGGGGUUAUAGUGGGAAACACUACCAACCGAAGACCCAAAUCCUUACUACAUUUGGCGGACUGGACUCCGUUGGAAGAACAACACUUGCUCGAGACGGGCGGCUUUUCCGGCCCUCAUUUGUUUGACCGCACAGUCGCCCUGGUGAAAAAAUAUAAGAAACUAUUGGCAGAGCGGCCUCCGUCUUUGAAGCCUGCUCAGCGACAAAAAGGCGCCCUGGAAGCAGAAGCCGGGAAAAUCAAGGCUGAGCUCGAAGCCAAGUCAGACCCGUCACCAACAUCAGAGCCGGAUGCUGUUACUACACCGAUAGACAAUGGUGUUGUUGCUGUCCAGCCUAUUACCGAACAUCCUUCUUCGGACCAGCAGCCUCUGGUUGAUCCACCACAAGAGCGUGCUACUGAUUUGCAGAGUUCGCCGGCGGAACAGGACACAUCAGAUGCUGCUACUCAGCAAGUGGAAAAUCCAUCCACACAGCCACCAGAGGUGUCCGCCCGUCUCGAGGCAAUUCGAGAAGACCUGGACCGACUGCCCCCAAAGGAACAGCGAGAUGCCGUUGACCAGACAGAAUCAGAUGGUCAGCCAAGUUCUACCGACCAGCCGAAAGUCAUCUUCGCAACUGGUGGCAUCACGAAUGGCAAGCAAGCGUUGGAGGUCCUCAAUGCAGGUGCCAAUGUUGCCAUGGUCUACACUGCCCUGGUGUAUGGAGGGGCGGGCACCAUAACAAGGAUGAAAGACGAGAUGCGGGCUGAGAUGAAACGUCCCGCGGGAGAAGCACACCCAGGAGCCCGAAAAUAA